AUGACAAUAUCGUAUUCGGGGAAUUUCUUCAAAUUACUUCUCCGAUGGAAGGGUUCAAUAUGGAGAUCCACGUGGAAAGAGCUCAUCAUUUAUUUGGCGUUGUAUUAUGCGAUUAGAAUAUUCUACAAAGAGGGGAUCGAUGUGCUCUUUGAUGCUCGUGAUCGGCCGAAGAUCAAGGAACAAUUCCGUACCCUUUGCCUCCAAUUCAACGAGUACACAAAGCUGAUCCCACUCACUUUUCUACUCGGUUUCUAUGUGUCAAAUGUUGUCUCGAGAUGGUGGCGUCAAUUUGAGACCCUCUCAUGGCCAGAGGAUAUCAUCUCCCUCCUAUGCUUGGUCAUUCCGAAAGAUGACGAGAAAAGUCAACGGAGAAGACACGUUAUUGCAAGAUAUCUCAAUUUGACCUCAGCGUUGGCUUGGCGAGAUGUCUCCUCAAAAAUCCGUCUCCGUUUCCCGAAAGUCCGCGAUUUGAUUACCGCUGGCUUGUUGACUGACAAAGAGUACAUCAUUCUUGAAGAACAUUAUGCCACCUGUCCGGCUAUUCGAUGGAUGGCUCCAUUACAUUGGGUUCAACAAAUCCUACAAGAUGAAGUCAAGGACAACAACCCGACCACAUCGCUUGUGAAUAAUUUUGUGACAGAACUGAAACUGUAUCGACAAUCUUUCCGGAAACUUUUCUCGUAUGAUUGGGUGUGUGUGCCGCUCGUUUACACGCAGGUGGCCGCUCUUGCCACCUACGCUUUCUUCUUUUUCUGCUUAUUUGGACGCCAAUUUUUAGAUGGAGACUCAAAGACAUUUGAUCUCAAAAUCCCGUUCUUCCUCAUCGUGCAAUUUUUGUUUUUUGUCGGAUGGUUUAAGGUCGGUCAAGAUUUGAUGCGACCAUUUGGUUUGGACGAUGACGACAUUGAGUUGAAUUGGAUUUUGGAUCGGAAUAUCACCACCUCGUUUGCAAUGGUUCAUCAAAUGAUGGAAACGACCUAUCCCGAGAUUGGCGAGGGGAAUGAGGACAUUUUCUGGAAAAGCCGUGACAAACCGCCAACAGUCUCGCAAACGGGACUCAUCGACAAGAUCAAACCCCACACACCGAAAUUGCACGCAUACGUGAGGAUGCCGAACAGUGAGACGUCGGAUGAUGAGAAGGCGAUCACUUGCUCCAGAUUGAGAGGAGAUCAACCAAAACUCUCAUGG